GCGGCGGCGAGAAUCCGGAGGAGGAGGAGACCACAAGGAUAGGCCCAGGAGAAAUGGAGUCCAAAAAGGAACAAGCAGUAAAAAAUCUCAACGUGGAAAAUGCUGAGAAGGGAAACGAAGGAAGGGAGAAUGUCCCUGUGCAGUAUGUAGAUGAGUCCCUUCAUUUGGGAGGAAGUGAAGGCCAGAAAGCUGGAGGAAGUGUCAGGUGGAGACGAGUUAGGCGUCUUGCCCCUAUAAUUCGAUGGGCCAUACCUAAUCGGCAUGUUGUUCACCAUGAAUUUGGAGACGAUGUAGAGAGAUUAGUAGAACAAAUGAUGGAGAUCAAGAAGAAGUCUAGGCAACUGCAGGUAAAUAAUUUACGUUUCCAAACUCCUGAACCUGACAAUCAUUAUGACUUUUGCCUUAUACCUUGAACCCUAAAGAUUUCCUUGAGUUGAUAAUGUGGCCACUGAUUUACAAGCUUGUGCUUUUCUGAUUGAUUUUUUCCUUAAUCAUUACUGUGUUUUCACUAAAGUGUUUCUAGUUGAAUAUUGUUUUUGCUUCAGUCUGAAUUUUUGUCAGCAUGGCAAUUGUAUCUGUUUUGUGAAAAAUACUUUUUCCUUAGUUUGAACUGAAUAAAACAAUUGAAAGAAAAAA